AUGCACAUGAAUUGUUUACCAACAAUAGUAAAAUGUACACAAUUUGAUGAAAUAGCCAUGUGAUGCUUUUUUGUAGACCUUGGAACCCAUUUAAAAGUAUGCUUCCUAAAGCAAUGUAAUUCUGAUUUUUAAAAAAAUUAGUUUAUAUAUAUUCAAAUGUCCGCUCAUGCUUUGCAAAAAUUGUUUUCAUCAACUUUGAGCUCAGUUAUUCAUGUUUUCCCCUUUGCUCAUCAUUUUCGAAUGCUUGACUUUAUGUCUUGGAAUAACGAGCUCUGUGCAGAUUGAUGGCUGAAAUCGAGGUCCCCAGUUAUGAUGCAAAAAUAGAAAUCGGCCAUUUUUGUUCGUUCUCGCUACGUUUUGGUUUGAACAAAAUUAUUAACAUUUGAAGAAAUAUGGAGAUUUUUAUUAAAAAAAAAAAAUAUGUUGCAUAUGUUCCACAGAAUUUCAGAUCUGUACUGAAGUAGGAUACACUGGGAAUUUACAGAGUGAAAUAAAAAAUUCUAAACAUGCUUAAAUUAUGCAGUACAUAGACAAAGUGGAUGAUGACGUAGUGCGGGCUGGGGAGGAGGCUCGGGCAUCCGGUCGACUGACUCCGCUGAUUAAGAUUGAGCUGUGGUCCAAGAUUCAGGCCAGAAGGCUUUCGGAGGGGAAGGAAGAAUUAAACGUCGAGUUCACGGCGCCCAAUCACACACCUCUGACGGCGGAAGAAGAAGUUAAAAGUAAGAAACGGCGGGACAGCAACAAGGAGGCGGCCCAUCGCUGUAGACAGCGGCGCAAGGCCCGCGAAAACGAAAACCAGAAGGAGUUGGAGAAGUUAAUGAUAAAAAAUAAAGACCUUAAAGAAAAAGCAGCUGAGCUGGAGGAAGAGCUGCAAUUUUAUAAAGGGUUCCUCAGUAUUGAGUCCUCCACGCAGGUGGAUUUGAACCCGGCCUCGCCGGAACAGCAGGUCCCCGGAUUGUGGACGGGGGAAGAUAUUAUUGAACAUUUUUUAUAGAUAUUCAUCAAAUGAAACCCAUCAUGUUGUCAAAAUUCUUCAUUGCUGAUGGAGGUCUUGUUUCGACUGAACGAGUGUCCUAUAUUGGUUUUUUUUAAAUGUGAAGAAGAAAAAAAUCUGAACUCUAUAUUUGGUUAUUCCUCAAUCAUAGUGGAAUUGUAAUUUAGAAACGUGUAUAAAUUUCAGCUUAUUGCUGGUUGUUACUAAUUGCACAGAUAAUCCUUAAGCAGUUUUCAGCCUAAAAUGUAAUGUACAUGAGCAUCCUGUUUCCUAAUUGUUGUCAGAAAUAUUAAUAUUGAACUCAGUUCUCAGGGAAAUCAAAUAUAAAAUUUGUUGUAAUCAUUCCAUUAUCAUCUCUUUCACCAUUACACUAGGCAAAAUGAAAUCAAAAUGGCAUACAAUGUUAAAAAGAAGUAGUUUUAGCGUAGAUUGCAUUAGUUGUUCUUGUUAGGUUGUAAACGCAUUUGUAAAUACCACGUAGAACGCUUAACCAGAAUAUGUAGUCUCUGUGUUACAUUGUUUUUUGGGGUGUGUUUUUUAUACUAUUUUUUUUUAUGAGAUUUUGGAUUUGUUAAAUGCGACUGCAAUUUCUUUGAUGUUUAUUGUUUAUAAAUACAUUAUCCUUGUUUUUGUAUAAAAUGUAUAUUACUGAGAGUUAUGAUGUUCCACCGGUCAUCUACAUCUUGAGACGCCGUGGACAUUUUUUUUUUUUAUCAUCAGCUGGGCAUUGAAGUGCUUAUUGAUCAACUGUCUUUACGUUUAUAUGAUUGGCUUCAGCUUUAGAAGUAUUAUUGGCAUUUUUAUGGAGGUUUGACCGUUUUCGAGGCAAAUUUUCAACCAAUUAUCAUGUAUAUUACAAUCUGCUUUUUAACGAGAUGUAUGUUUCUUUUGACUGUUUAACACGUGUCUUGCCAUUAUUGAGUUUUAUAAUAGCUCCGUGCGGUAGUCAGUUUUAUCAUUAGUAAUCAAGUUUCGCCGUUCAUAGAUGCAAUGUAAAAUCAUGUUCCAAUUAGAUCGUCGGUGCAGAUUUUGAAACAUGGCAUUUUUUUGAUGGGAUGGCUUAGAUAUUAAGUAUUUUGAUGGUUCUCUUUAUUUGAUGGGGAGGGGGGCAUCAAAUGCUGACAGUAAUGUGUUCAGAGACCCAGCACAUAGCCAAAAUGCCAACGGUGCUGGCAAUAUUGUAUAUUGUUGUAUAUUGUUUUAUAUUUUUUAUACUUGUUAUAUGUGAAAUAAAUUGUUUAUGUAUGA